AUAAAUCGUUUUAACGCCCUUCCUGUUCCUGGCAUCUGCUAAAUUUUCCAUUCACUUGAGAGAAGUGGCUGUAGUCUGCUUACCACACCCACGGUGGUAACACUCUGUCCUCUCGAGCAAGCAUACAGGAACUAUGGAGAUGCAGCCACAAGAAGAACCACAGCCAAUGCCCAUGCAGUAUGAACAGCAGCCUCCACCUGUGUAUAUGGAACAACCCAAGAUGCCCCUCCAGGGUAUACUGGCACAAGUAAAUCUAAGCGUACUUAAGGAACCAAGAGGCUUCAUCAAGAUCCUAGAGUUUGUGUUCAGCAUCUGUGCGUUUGCGACUGUGACAAGCUUCUACUCAUAUUUCACCCUUGAAGUUAAGUGCAAUCCCUUGGAUGAAAAGCCUCAAGAAACUUUCACAGGAGAAAUUGUGUAUCCAUUUCAGAGUGACAGGACUCGUGACACAUUUUCUGCAUGUGAGACCUCUGAUUGGAACCUACAUGUAGAGGGAGACUUCUCAUCUGAUGCCAGAUUUUUUGUUGCUGUUGGUGUCCUGGCAUUCCUCUAUGUUCUUGUAGCACUUGGCCUGUACUGCUUCUUCAAUGCUCUUUAUGAAAACAACGACUUAGUCCCCAUAGGGGACUUUGCUCUUCAUGUGAUAUUUGCCAUCUUGUGGUUUGCUGCAAGUUGUGCAUGGGCAAACAGCCUCACAGGUCUGCGUAAUGCUACUGAAUUUGAUAAUAUUAAGAAAUAUAAUGAUGUGUGUAAGAAAUUGCCAUGUCUUAAAGUGACAGAACCUCACUUUGGGCAACUCAUCAGCUCUGUUAUUUUUGGAUUCCUGAAUGUCUUUAUCUGGACAAGCAACCUUUGGUUUUUGUACAAGGAGACAAGAUUCUACAAGGACAGGAAGGCUGGUGAAGCAACUGAUACCACAAACUAACUUGUUUAAGUUCCUGAGAAGAGGACUUGAGGCAGAGUAAUGAAUAUUGAUAUUGAAAUUAUCCUAAUAAAAAUCUGAAAAUGCAGUAAUUUAUCAAGUUUUUUUUAAAUUUUAUUUAGUGUGAAAAAAGCCAAUGAAGACUCAGAAAAUAAAUAAAAGGCUACAACAUUUGACAUUAGCCUUAGUUAUAGGUGUGUGCUGACAUGGCAUACUGUUUGUAUCAGAGACUGUUUAUUUCAUGAUUGCAUUUUAUUGAUUUUACUAAUGGACCUUCUGAAGAGAGACAUUUUCCUUUGCCAUCAAAUUACUUAGGUAUGGUAGUUGUCAUUAGAGGAUACUGUUUUGUAAUGGAUACCUCAGCUGCUUGGCAAGAAGGUUCUGAGUUCAAUUCCCCAUGUUGUAUUUUCUGGUGAAUUAAAAUAGACUUAGAUGUGUGGUUCAUAUAAGGUGUUAGAAGUUAUGUUCUAGUAAAUUUAACAUUUGUGAUUUAAGUUUUUCAUAAAUUAACAACACACCAGUUAAGUUUAUUGUCAUUUAUUAAUUUAUUACUUUCCUGCUAAUAUGUGUAUGUUUUUUUUUUUUUAAUGUAUGCACAUCAGUUAACUAGAAAUUUAGUAAGUUUGUCUUUUAUUACACAUGUGGAUUUAUUUGAAAUAUUUUCACAUGGGUAGGGUAUAUUGUUGGUUGCUGAAGUUUACCAUGUUUCAACAUUUAAGUAAUCUUUGUGUGAAGUUCAAUAAAUUUCUUUUGAGAAAAA